AUGACAAUACGUCCAGCAACACACGCCGGCUCAUGGUAUUCCAAUAAACCCCAAGAGCUAUCUCAACAAUUACAGACUUACUUGACCAAGAGUACAACCAAAGGGCCCAUUCAUAACGCUCGAAUUAUCAUAUGCCCUCAUGCCGGUUACAGGUAUUGUGGACAUACGAUGGCCCACUCGUAUGCGUCAUUAGAUUUGAAUAGUAAAACCAAAAGAAUAUUCAUAUUGGGCCCCUCACAUCAUGUUUAUUUUAGGAAUCAAAUACUAGUUAGUGCAUUCAACGGGUUAGAGACGCCCUUGGGUAGUUUAAAUGUGGAUACAGAUCUAUGUAAGGCAUUAGUAAAGAGAGAACAUCCUGCAAACGGCAAAAAGUUGUUUAAAUUAAUGGAUCAUGACACUGACAUGGCUGAGCAUUCCUUAGAAAUGCAGUUCCCAAUGUUGGUAGAAACUUUAAAAUGGAGAGGAGUUUCCUUAGAAGAAGUUAAGGUGGUUCCUAUGAUGGUUUCGCAUAAUAGCACCGAUAUAGAUCAGUCUAUUGGCGAAAUCCUGUUGGAAUACAUCAAGGAUCCCAAUAAUCUAUUUAUUGUAAGCAGUGAUUUUUGCCAUUGGGGCCGCAGGUUCCAGUACACUGGAUAUGUUGGAAGCAGAGAAGAGUUGAAUGAAGCUAUUCAAGAAGAAACGGAAGUGGAAAUGUUAACUGCUAGGAGUAAACUUUCACAUCACCAAGUGCCUAUUUGGCAAUCUAUUGAAAUUAUGGAUAGAUAUGCCAUGAAAACGUUGAGUGAAACCCCAAAUUCUGAACGGUAUGAUGCUUGGAAACAGUACUUGGAAAUCACGGGAAAUACCGUAUGCGGUGAAAAACCGAUUAGUGUGAUACUAAGUGCAUUAUCCAAGAUUGAAGGUGCCAGAGCUACAAAUAUUAAAUUUCAAUGGCCUAGUUAUUCACAGAGUUCUCACGUGACAAGUAUUGAUGAUAGUAGCGUUAGUUACACUUCAGGAUAUGUUACUUUAGAUUAG